ACACACACACAUAGAGACACAGUUACUUUGAAUAAAUUUUAUAGUUAAUAGAUUGACAGAUUAUAUUUUGAGUAUCCGUCUAUGAAGCAUAACUCAAUAAACGUUUUUCUGUUUAUUAGUGAAAAAUUUUAUCAUUGAAUAAUUGAUUUUUAUUAAAAUAAUGGCUUUUUUAUCACAAGUGAAAAUUUUUAUUACAAAAAAACCUAUGUUAUUUAAUUCUUUUAUCUACGGUUCUUUCUAUGUAACUGCGGAGUUUAUUCAACAGAUGUAUCAUAGAAAAAAACAUACUGAAAAUCAAGUAAUUGAAAAAAUUAAUAUUAAGAAUCAAUUGAAUUCUCUUUCUACUGAGAUUACUGAAUUAGAAAUUAUCAAUUUGAAAACUGAUUGGUCAAUUAUUGGGAGAUAUUUCAUUUAUGGCUAUUGUAUAGCUGGACCAAUUCUUCAUGGAUGGUAUUUAUGGCUAGAUAAAGCGUUCGUAGGAACAUCUCAAAAAAUUGUUAUCAGUAAACUAAUGUGUGACCAAUUUAUGUUAACUCCAGCAUUACUUUUUAUAUUUUAUACAAGUAUGAGCUUGAUGGAAGGAAAAAGUGAUAUUUUACAUGAAUUUCAAAUGAAAUUUUUAAAAACAUUUGAGACAUCUUGUUUGUUUUGGCUUCCGGUGCAGUUUAUAAACUUUUUACUAGUUCAUCCUACUUACAGAGUUUUAUAUGUCAGUAUUGCAUCUUUUUGUUGGGUUAAUAUUUUAUGUAAUUUUAAACGUACACCAACAAUUGCAUAAGUAAAUAAAAAAUUAAAGUGUUUUAACAAUUCCUCUUUAUUUAGUCAAUCAAAUAAUUUUUUUAAACAUUUAUGUCAAUGUUAUAAUUGUUGAGUGUAUAAUUAUUUAAUUAACAAAAUUAUGUUUUUUCACUGAACUUGGCUUAUAUGAUUUUUAGAAAAAUUCAAUACUAUCUGGUAAAUUUAAUUAUUUUUAUAUGAAAGUUUACAAUAUAAUUUAAACUUAUUUAUUGAUCAAUUUAGUUAUUUCAUGGUCUAAUAUUUGAGCGAUAAAAUACUUGCAAAAGACUAAAUAUAACUACUUAUUUUAUUCGUAAUUUUUUGCAUAAGUUAUGUACAUGAUAUUUGAUAUUGUUGAUAGAAAUUGGAUAGUUCGUGUAGCUAAAAAUAUUUUUACAUAUGUAAUUAAUAUAGUGAAUUGGACGGAAGUAAAUGUACACAAUAGAAUAAAAUAAAUUACAUUCAAAUGUUCCUACAAUACUGUUUGAAUCGUAUUAAAAUAAUUUUUUCAAUCUAUUACUUGAAGUUUGAAAAAUAUCGGUAAAUUUUACGAUAAUUAUUUUUAAAUCGAAUUAUAAAUAUAAAGUCAUGAAUACGAUUGUUAUUGGUAUGUAAACAAACAUUGUUAAAAUAUAGGAAAAUAU